UGGGUAGAUGGAUGCCUUACUUCGACCUACCCCGCGCCUGUGCAAGUCUCCCCACCACCAGGCCACUUUCAUUGCCCACUUUUUGGUCGCAUCACAUCAUAUCACCACCACCACCACCAUCACUAUUACCUCCACGCCCACAAUGGCCCCUGAUCUCAAUUCGCUCUCCCCUUCCUCUACACCUCUGCCCGCCCGUACCUCCAUCGUGGCUUCAUCGUCAUCGCCGUCGUCAACAGCAGCAGCAGCAGCAGCAACAGUCAUGUCACAGUCUCCGCCCUCCUCGCAUACCCCACCCCACACGUUAGCUGCCGCAGCGAGCCUCAACGCCGGCAUACAGAACGACCAUCUCCGCCGCCAAUCUUCGGGCAGUAUUCAAAGGGACGCGGAGCGCGCACGCCGCCGAUCGAGCAUUCGAAUGAACCUCAAUCUCAACGAUCCUACUCUUCCUUCUCCCGGAGAGUUGCAAAGGAGCCCGAGCUCGAGAAGCCGAGCGGGCAUCUGGCCGCACAGCCCACACCACGAACGCAAUCCGAGUCUGGGCGAGUUGCACCAGGAGCUGGAGUACGAGCAAGAAGGUCAAGUGAACCGCUUGCUCACUAUGAUCCGUCAGCAGCAGCAGCAAAUCCAACAAUUGCAGACUGCCAACCCGCAAUCUUCCACCUCUGCCGUCGAUGAUAGCACGCCAACCUCCGAGCGCAGCAUGUCCAUUUCCCAUCCUCCCCCAACCAACCCCCAAUCGACUGUUUCGCCGCUCCCCACGUCUACCCCACACAGCUCCAACUCACCUUUCUCCCUCAACCCGCGCUCCAACGUGAGUCGACAGUCAUCCAUGGCUGAUCGUUCGCGCAACAGCAGCCACCACGGCUCCCCUGCGCUGCGCCCUUUAUCUUCGGGUCAUGGUUUUGGGCAACAUGACAGCUACGAUGUCUUACCCACCCCAGCCCUGCAUACCAGGGACGAGAGCGCCUUCUACCAAGCCGAGACGCAAACACUGACUCGAGAGAAUCAGAUGCUAAAGUUACGAAUACGUGAGCUGGAGAGACAACUCUCCGAUACGAACCCAGCAAACCCAACGUCACCCCAUUCCCCCAUCCUGUCCUCCAAUCUGCACAACAACCCAACUGCUGGCCGAACACGGCUUACGAAUAACACUACUCCCGAAACACCUUCUGCCACACGGGCGUCGGGUUGA